CUGCGGUCAACAGUGAAAGUGGUGCUGUAUCGUCAGCUCAAUUUCUCGUCGUUGCAUGCCCUGCCCCGCCUCCCAGCCAGCGUCCAAAGGCACAAUAAGGAAGUCGACAAAUUCUACCGUCCGAAAGAAUAGUCGAAGUGAUAGCACAACGUCUGUUGCAUUUCAAAAGCCCUCGACUGGUCAAGCACCCCAAGAGCAAGCUAGAUCAUGAAGAACAACUUUCUGAAAAGAGAGCAAGGAUUUCGGGUAAGCCAAGAGGAACAAAAAGAGCACCGCCUGGAGUUUCCUUCGCCGAACAAGUUGUUUGGUCGAGAUUCGGAAUUGAAGCAGUUGCGCGGUGUCUAUGAACGUCUAGGGAGGAUUGGGCUUUCUGAGAUUACGCUGGUAGCGGGGGUAUCUGGUAUGGGAAAGUCGUCGUUGGUGCGAGGCUUUCUGGACCAGUUGCGGGCGGAGAGGCUGUUGUCCAGUGAUGACAACAUUCAUGUACUGGAGGGAAAAUACGAUAUCCAUUCCAACAACAAACCCUUUUCUGCCAUUCAGCAAGCCUUGACGCAGUUCUGUUUGGAGCAGCAAGAGCAAAGAACGAUGACUACGGGCGCAAAUCAACAAUCUACUACCAGCAGUAUCAGUAGGAUACCUGUGCAUCACAGGAUCCGAAGCGCCUUGGGUGAAGAUGGAAUCGAAAUUCUGUCUGAAUUGGUGCCAUCUUUGAAGGAUCUGGUGGAUUUUGAGCACGAUGAUGCGCUCCUGGAUGCCAGCAUGUCGCCGACGACGAGACUUACCCCCACGGACGAAACGAGCCUUGCAUCCAGGGCCCUAGCCAACACACCGAGCGAGUACCGAUCGCACCGUUUGGGGUACUUCUUGCGAACCUUUUUGCAAGCCAUUCCAGACAGUAAAUCGAGCAUUCUCAUUUUAUUCCUGGAUGAUAUUCAGUGGGCUGAUGUUGCAUCCCUAAACCUGCUAACCUCGCUCAUGACGGAUUUGACGUUGAAGAAUGUAUGGGUGCUCGGCACCUAUCGUUCUGAUGAAGUAGAACACAACGAACCGUUGCAGUUCCAUUGGAAGACUGUCUCCAAAGCCAAGAUCCUUACCCGUAUCCAAGUAUCAGAGCUUUCCGUGGACGCGGUAACGGAAUACAUCUCAGAAACCCUUCGCGUCGGUCCAACCUCCGAAGAGGGACUGAUAAAUGGAUCACAGUCAACCUUGGAACAGCAGCAACAACUCCAGGAAAACGUACAGAUUUUGGCUCAAAAGAUCUACACUCAGGUGGGUGGUAACGUCUUUUGGAUCAAGCAAUCUCUCGAAGAGUUGUCUCGCACGGCCAUUCGGAAGAAUCCAUCCAACAACCUGUGGCGUAUUGAUAUGGCCAAGGUAGAGGAAUACAUGGAACAACACGCACACGAUGGAGUAGUGAUGACAAUUGUUGUCAAGCGCUUGCAAUCAGAGCUUUCAAAAGAUCAACAACUUGUCUUGGCAUUAGCAUCCCUGAUAGGAUCUACGUUUGUCGGGUCGGAAUUAGUCACACUGGCAUGUCACAUGGCAAUAGAGUGUGACGAUGAUGAUGAGGGGGAUGAGCAGGAGGAGGAUAGAGAUGAGAAGACUGAAGGUAGCAAGGAAACACUCAUGCAGGAGCACGCUGUCAUUGCUGCCAUCGAACGUGCCGUGAGGGAUGAGUUUUUGGUGACUGACAACAGAAGCGAGACAACUUACGUCUUUAGUCAUGACAGAAUACAACAAGCGGCAAUGUGCCUUCUUCCGGAAGAUCAGAAGGAGACGAUACUUUUUCAGGUGGCAAGGCACUUUCUACUGCGUGCCGACACGCCCGAAGGACGAGAUUGGAUGCCGUUUGUGGCAGCAGACCAUUUCAACAGUCUCGUCUUCGUGAGUGCCGACGGCGAUCAAAGCAGCAAUGAUCCCGUGUUACGGCGAAAUCUUUCGGUGGAUAUUGACUUGUUGAUGCUGACAAAGCUGAACCUUAGAGUGGGCUUGGAGGCUGCAGGAGUGGCAGCUAUUGUGCCAGCUGCACAAUACCUCACAAUGGCGGUGAUUGCCUGGAAGAUGUAUACGUCGAACAAGCCUUGGGAAUAUGAUUAUGAUCUUACACUAGAGCUGUAUCGGCAUGCCGCUGAUUCCUUAUUGGCAUCGGGAGAUCUGGGUUUCGGGAGGAUCCUCGCGGAGGAAGUCAUUGAACGUGCGAAAACUCUUCAAGAAAAGAUACCAGCGUUUACAGCUUUGGCAGAAGCACUGGGCCGUGUGCAAAAGCACCAGGAGUCCAUGGAUCUUAUUGUCUCGGUAGCGAAAAAGGUGGGGGUGUUUCCAAGGCGCUUCUUCCCGGUGAAGCUUGUGCGGGAAUUCAUGGCAUGUAAGAAAACGGUGUCACGCUUAUCCGACGAUGACAUUUUGGAUAUGACAGUGGUUGACGACGAAUCAGAGCUUAAUGAACAUGAAAUUUUGGCUCAAAUGCAGCUUCGGGCCCAUUUUGUCGGGCGCGAGGAUUUGCUGUUGUGGGGUCUCUCGCGCCAGUUGAACAUAUCAUUUCGAAAGCAAAGGAUAUGCGGAAGAACUGCUUAUGCCCUGGCCGCCUUUGGUUGUCUGAUGCUGAUUAUCUUUGGUGACUUGAAAGCCGCAAUUCGGUUUUCAGAUCUUUCAAAACGGCUCGUUGAAUUGACCAACGACACACACAGCAGAGCACUGGUUCUUGUCUCGACCGCAUUUUUCUGUGACGCGUGGACUCGUCCGCUACCAAUGGUUGUGGAGCAGAUGCAACGAGCACAUGAGUUUUCGCUGCGAUCCGGGGAUCUUACGUUUUCACACAUCGCUUGGUUUGUGUCUCAGAUGUACGCGUACGCGACGGGACAACAGCCGUUGUUGCCGAUCAGGGACACCCUUGAAACCAUGGUGACCCAUAUGGGAUGCUGGGGCGUGAAACACGUGCAGGUCCGGGUGCUGCUAUUUCUAGUCUCGCAACUCAUGGAGCAGCCAGAUGGGGAGCCAGAUUGGAAGGAGCUGGAUCGGAUAGAAGCCGAGGAGAAUGACACAUCUGAGCUUGCAUUUAUUAACGGUUGCUGGUGUCGACUCCAACUUGCCUAUCACUUCGCCAACUUGAAGACCGCGUACUCUGUGAGCAGGAAGCUUAUGACAGUUGUUCACAAGGACUUCAACUACUCUACAGCGUCAAUUGCAAUCUUCUUCUCGGGGUUGACGGCAUGUGCCAUGGCGCGCGAAAGUAAAGUUCUCUCAUUCAAAUACAAAAAGGAAGCCCAAAGGAUACGAAAAAGGUUCGAAAAGCUACUGGAAGGAGGUGGAACCCCUAACGUACAGCGAUACCACUGCUUGAAUGCUGAGUGCAUGGGCCUGGCAGGAGCAUCCGCAGAGGAAGUCCUAAACGAAUAUGACUUGGGAAUAAGAGCAGCAACACGCGCCGGAUUUCUGCCUGACGCGGCCCUGGCGCACGAGCUUUCGGGGAACUUUCUUCUGAAACGAAAGCGGGUGGACGAUGCAAGAUAUCACUUGAAUCAAGCAUACGCCCUCUACAGCAGGUGGGGGGCCAUGGCCAAGGCUUGUAGCUUGCAAGCAAAGCACAGCACUGUGUUUACGAUCGAUGGAUCCGAUACGAAGUACAGCACUCGUGAGCUGCAACCCCAGGUGAAAUCCUCAAUAACCGAAAGGACAUUCUGGGUGUCGGGUGAUGGCUUCAAGGCGCUUGGCUCGCUGGAGGUUGGCUAUUUCCGAAAACGGACAUCCCUGACGGCAUCUGCUCGUCAUUCCUCUAGUUCCUUAUUGGCAUCUACGUAGGUUGCGGUGCUGAGACAGGAUGCAAAACGAAAUCGAUAAUUCAGAUAGACGUUUGGCUCUCUUUGACAUCUUCAUUUCGACCAAGCAGCAUCUCCUGAGCCCAUUGUACAAGAAGUUUCAGGGGCGGGUGCUUCUGUGAAAUUGAUGAAUUUUCAAUCCCGUACGUCUGCAAGACAACCAAACUUUGUUCCUCAUCGCCAAUGUCAUUACAGUAGAACAUGGCAUCGCCCUCGGGGGUGUAGUAGGUGUUGUUGCUUAUGCGAGCAUUGCUCUCUUUGCAACGUCCCAAGCCGCCAACAUUGUCAAGUGAGUCUUCCCCCAGCUCACUCACCCUGGUAAGCUGUUCCGUUGAGCUGAUGCUGUCCAGCCUGACUGCGCAUCGAUUGUUCUGAAUGAUGUCGCCAUGGCCCGCUUUGAACGAUCCAAUGCCGAUGCACCUCUUACGCCCUGAGGCCAUCACCAAGUUGUUUUCGUAUACGCUGUCGUGCCCUCCUGGGGAUAUGGGAUGGAGGAAUUCGAGGCAAUGAGUUAGGCUGUGCACGAUCUCAUUCUUCCAGAUACAUUCAUCCAUCCAUUUAUUUAGUUAGAGGUAAAACCUCUUACCAUAAUCCAUUUUUACACCUGGAA